CCCACUCCUCUCUUUCCUUUCCUUCCCUGCGCCCAAAUUCCCUCUCCUUAUCUUCCUCUUUUCUUUUUUCUUUUCUCUCCCUCCCUGCACCCAACUUCCUUCUCCCUCUUUUCCUGUUUUCUUUUUUCUUUUCUCCUCCUCCAUUCACCCAACAUUCUUCAGCCUCUUUUCCUCUUUCCUUCUCCCUCGUAAAUAACUCCUCUCCCUUUCUCCAUCUUUUUUCUUUUCUUAUUUUCUUCAUGAGGAACUAUUUAUGCUCUUUGCAUGGCGGGGAUAACGAACCUUCGAAACAUGUGUUUACAUGUUUGCAUGAGAGCUUCAAAGCAAAGGAUAAUAAAGGAUUUAUGUUUGUAAUUACUUAUAUUGUAAAUUUAAUGUUUUUACAUUUGGAAUGAUAUUGUAUUUGGAGUGAUUUUAUUCUCAAAGAUGUGUGUUUUUGUCUUGUAAAAAAGAAAAUGACUUUCAAUAUUGGUGAAGUAAAAUGUGUUUUUAAACAAUGUUGAAUUAUGA